GGUCAAUGGGAAAAACACAACAAAGGACCGAUGUCGCCUCGCGAGCUGCCAUGAUGAGCGGAAGGAGGUGCAUAUUGUUUAAACAGUUGACAUUCGAACAGCUUCAUUCACAAUUUAGCCGGCCAUGGUAUUGUCCAUUGACCUAGUUAAUUUUGCGUCGCGUUAAUUUAAACAUAUAUGAUUCUUUUUUUGACAAACGUUUUUUUGGGUGUUGGGAUUUAACCAGGAAUAUCAACUACGUUUUCAUUCCCGCUGGUAACGUUAACGUUAACGUUAAUGCAUGUCAGCAUGAAGACUUGAAGCCGCACACGUGAUCCCGACACUUCCGUGAAAUUUCAGCUGGUUUUUUGUGAAUUGGAAAGACCAAAUGUAAGGGUUUGCCUACCAUAUGUUUGAUGCGGAAAGAGGAAAAUUGCUAAUGGCCUACAUGAUGGAUGUGUCUCAUCUUGAUUGUGGAAAUCAAAGUAUCCAAAACCUCUCCAUCUUCAGAAGAACACAACAUAUCCUUGGCCAAGUGUACCCCCAGAGUAUUGACUUUAUUUGAUUAAGAGGACUACUGAAAUAACAGGAAAAAGUGCAGAGCAGACAUUGAUUUUAAACGACUUUUUAAGGUCUUUCCUGCGCAUUUUUUUCUGUUUGGGCUUGACCUGUAUGGAUGGAAUAUAAUUUCUGACACAUCUGUUCCCCCAUGUGGGUGCUGAGAUGUCUGACAACCUCAGUAAGAUGGUUAAAUUCCUAUCCCCCCAAUCGAAGAAUGUUAGCGGCUCUGGCUCGGACUCGCUGUUGGGCGAGGUCCGCCGGCGGCGCCACAAUGUUGAGCGUGAGCUCCUCAAGGCUGAGCACCGGUUCUUCCGCCGUAGCGUCAUCAGCGACUCCAACACCACGGCCUUGGAACUGCCCAGCAAAGCUUGCGUCCUCGCCUCACCACCCGAUUGCAAACGGGGCCUCCCUCCAGCCAACUCCGUUAGUGCUGGAGCCGCCCCAGUGUCUGCAGGUCAGUGUGCAGUGGUGGCCGAGGAGCAGCCGGUGGAAGUUCAACAAGCAGCCGGAGAGCCCAGGGGGGAUGUUUCUGCACAGGAACAGAAGCCCCUCUCGCUGAUGGGCUGUGAUGGAGAGAGAGCGCCAGCCAUCUCUCAAGACCCACCCAGCGAGGCCUCCGAGCUGCAGUCUGGGAGCAGCUUUGUGGGCCAAGGGGAAGAUGAGCAUGAGGAGGAGGAUGACGAUGGGAAAGAGGCCGAGAAGACUCGUAGUGAGGCUGAACAGAGAGAAUUGGAGAAGAAAGUGCAGGAUGAAGAGGAGGUGGAGACCAAGGCUGUGGGCACAUCUCCUGAAGGCCGCUUCUUGAAGUUUGACAUUGAAAUUGGACGUGGCUCAUUCAAGACCGUCUACAAAGGCCUGGACACAGAGACUACUGUGGAAGUGGCCUGGUGUGAGCUACAGGAUCGAAAGCUGUCCAAGUCUGAGCGCCAGCGGUUCAAGGAGGAGGCCAGUAUGCUGAAGGGCCUGCAGCACCCCAACAUCGUGCGCUUUUAUGAUUUCUGGGAGGCACCUGUCAAGGGCAAGAAAUGCAUCGUCCUAGUGACUGAACUCAUGACCUCUGGCACCCUGAAAACGUACCUGAGACGAUUCAAGGAGAUGAAGAUCAAAGUCCUGCGUAGCUGGUGUCGGCAGAUCCUGAAAGGCCUGCAUUUCCUCCACACGAGGACUCCCCCUAUAAUCCAUCGCGACCUCAAGUGUGACAACGUCUUCAUCACUGGUCCUACGGGCUCUGUCAAGAUCGGCGACCUGGGUCUGGCCACGUUGAAGAGAGCCUCGUUUGCCAAGAGUGUGAUAGGUACCCCAGAGUUCAUGGCUCCAGAGAUGUAUGAGGAGAAGUAUGACGAGUCAGUGGAUGUCUAUGCCUUUGGGAUGUGCAUGCUGGAGAUGGCUACCUCUGAGUACCCGUACUCCGAGUGCCAGAAUGCGGCACAGAUCUAUCGCAGAGUCACCAGCGGGGUCAAACCUGGCAGCUUCGACAAGGUAGCCUUCCCUGAAGUCAAGGAGAUCAUCGAAGGUUGCAUCCGUCAAAACAAAGACGAGAGAUACUUAAUCAAAGACCUUCUAAGCCACGCCUUCUUCCAAGAGGAGACUGGUGUCCGAGUGGAGUUAGCUGAGGAGGAUGAUGGUGUCGUGGUGGCCAUUAAACUCUGGCUGCGCAUUGAAGAUGUCAAGAAGCUCAAGGGGAAGUACAAGGACAACGAGGCCAUUGAGUUCUCCUUUGACCUCCUGAAGGACGUUCCGGAGGACGUGGCGCAGGAAAUGGUGGACUCUGGCUACGUCUGUGAUGCUGACCACAAGACCAUGGCCAAGGCCAUCAAGGACCGCGUGGCACAGAUCUGCCGGAAGCGGGAAAUGCGGCAGCUGGUGCAAGAGAAGCAGGAGAAGAGGAAGCAGGAGGAGGAGGCCGUGGAGCAGCAGAGGGAGCCUCCUCCGCCCGCAGCAGGGGCUGCUCCUGCCCCAGCUCCUGCUCCUGCUCCUGCCCCAGCUCCUGCCCCGACUCCUGCUCCUGCUCAUGCAGCGGCUCCAACCGAGCCAGAGGAGCCAGAGGCAGACCAGCACCAACUCCAGCAGAACGCGGCUCCUCACACCACCAUGGAAGGGGCCCAGGGUUCCAUGAUUCUGACGGAGUCCCACGGCUACCUGUCGCCACAGCAACUUCCCUCCACGGGCCCAGCACAGAGCGGCCCACCUCAGAUCCCAGUGCAGCACAGCACAGGCCAGUCUGGCAUGGGUCAAGUCCCAGUGCCGCACGCCUCCAGCACCCUUGCGGUUGUCCCUGGUAGUCAGAGUGGAGCAGCACCACAGCAACAGCUUGGCGUGUCCACGCAGCACCAGUCCCACCAUGAGGACGGCACCGCUGCACAGAGCCCUCACACACACAGUCUGACUCUGCAGGGAGCGCUGCUACAGCAGACGUCUAUGGGUGCACUGCAGUCUUUGACAGCGGAGCAGGCAGCAGGGCAACAACCACUGAUGGCCCCCUCCACCGAAAGUGGUCACUCGGAUGCGGCCUCUGGCCUGAGUGAUGGCAACGACACCGGUGGCAGACAUGAGGGCCGCACCAUGAAGCGGCAUCAUCGCCGGUCAGUGCGCAGUCGCUCACGGCACGAGAAGAUCCCCAAAGCCAAGCUUGAUGUGCUCAAUAUCUCAAACAUUGGAGACAGAGUGGCUGAAUGCCAGUUGGAAACACACAACCGGAAAAUGGUGACUUUCAAGUUUGAUUUGGAUGGUGAUAAUCCAGAAGAAAUAGCACAGAUAAUGGUCCUAAGUGAGUUCAUCCUGGAGAGCGAGCGGGAAUCCUUCAUUGAGCAAGUUCGUGAGGUCAUCGAAAUGGCUGAUGAGAAAGGAGAGGGCAUGCUGAAAGAAGGCUACACGCAGGUUAUGGAACCACAAAUCCCGGGGAUAUCGACACCACUUGGACCUGGUGAACACCCUCUGAGUUUGGCUGCCCAGGUGGUCCAUUCUGCAGGCCGCCGCUUCAUUGUCAGUCCAGUCCCAGAAGCUCGACUCCGAGAGUCAUUCUUUGGACACCCGUCAGCCAACAAGUCACUUGACGAUGGAACACCAGUCCCAGAUCCAAGGCCAGCCGCUGGUUCCACCUCAAGCAGCGCGCAAACUGAGCCGAGCAGCGCUGCAGUGAGCUCUUACCCGGCCCCGUCUCAGCCGACUCCAACCGGCAACACUCUGGCUCCACCCUCCGCUCUGCACCACGCGCCGGCCCCAGAGGCGUCCGCAGGGCCCGGCCUCGUGUCUCCGCCGGCGGGGCGGCUCUCUCCGACGGCCAGCGCCUCUGCGCUCUCGGCAGACGGCGGCGGUGCCGUUAAGAACAUGAGCGGUGGCAGCGCGGAGCAUGCCGCCUCCGCCGUCCCCUCGGGGCCACAGGUGCCCAGCGUCCAGCAGCCCGUCCCCGCCGUGUGUGGGGAGAGCGAGGGCGAGUCCCAGUCCAAGUCUCCGGGCAUCGAGGACAUCCACGCUCUGGACAAGAAGCUGCGCUCUCUCUUCAUGGACCAGAACUCUGUGUCCAGCUCGUCCAGCCAGCCAGACAUGGCCACUGACUCCUUGUCCUCUCCACCCAGCACAAUGACGUCUUCCCCUCUCAUGGGGACAGUCAAUCAGACGCAACCAGCCAGUCAGCCUCUGUCCAGUGGGCAGUCUGACAGUGGGCAGUCAGUGCCCACCGUAAGUUCCGUCCAAGAAGGACAGCCAGCUGUUCCUGGGGACAAGCAGCCAGCAAUCCCACCCACUACUAGUGGUUUCCAACUGGGACGCUUUCAGGUGUCUGUUGCGUCCGAUGAGGCCCAAAGCAGAGCCCCGGAGCCCUCGACCAUGUGCUCCUCUUCGUCUGCCACGCCAUCGUCCUCCUCCUCAUCGUCCUCCUCCUCGUCCUCCCUCUCAAGCCCUGAGAACACACUACACAAAUCUCAUCAUCUGCCCAAACCCGAGAUCAAAGCGGACGCCAAGCCUGCCCCCACCACCAUUGGCCGAUUUCAGGUCAUGGUCAGCGCCGAUAGCAAAUCGGGUCAGGCCACAGAGGAGCCCUCGGCUCCCCACGGCCAGAGCAGUGCAGCGCCGGGCUCGGACACCAAGACCCCUCCGAGCAGCCAGCACGCCCCCUGCAGCUACUACAUCAGCAGCGACAACGACUCGGAGCCAGAGGACGAGACCUUCAAGAGGGAGAUCACCCAGAUCAGAGAGAGACAUAUGGUUGAGAUCCAUGCCUUACACCUCCGCCAGAAGGAGGAGAUUGAUGCCCUGUUUACACGGCUGGGGAAGGCACCACCAUCAUUGGUUGCCCCACCCACCGUGAACAUGUCCGGUGCCAGACGCAGAGUCACCAAAGGCAAAAACUGCAAGUCUGGCAAAUGUGGCAGCGCCCAGGCCAGCCCCCAGCACAAAGGUGAUAAAAGCACCGCCCAGACUCCAGUGUCGGUGACCACAACAUCUGGAGGGACCAACAACACUACAACUACCACAGUGACCAGUCAAAAUGCACAUUCACAGAGUUCAAAUGGAACAGGAAGUGGACCAGCCCACGGGCCCAACCUCUCCCAGGGUCAUGCGCCUGCCACCCAGAGCCGCAAGGGCACCUUCACAGACGACCUCCACCAGCUGGUGGACAACUGGGCACGAGACGCCAUCAAUCUUGCACAGGUCAAAAAGGUGCCCAAGCCGAAUGCUCAAGGCCACGAUAUGAUGACCCGGAAGUUCUCAGCGCCGGGCAGCUCUGCUCUAUGGGGGGCCCCAUGGUCCCCCCGGUUGUGUCUGGAGCGCGGAAGGGUUCCCUGUGUCUGGCACCCCAGCAGUUUGGCUAUCCCUGCACCCCAUACAGCGGCGCGCCGCAGUGGCCCAAUCCUGCCGGACCUUCCCAAGUGGGCCUGCUGGGGGCGCUGCAGCCCAACGCCACCGCCCAUCUCCCUGCAGCAGGGCUACCACAUAGGGACCAACCACAAGGCCAGCAGUGGCAACAGCACUGUUGGGAGAACUACCCAGGCCAGUUGAAACCAGAGAGGGCAGCACGCAUUACAGUGGUCAAGAUUAGGAUCGUCUACCAAUACUAUCACUCAUAUACAUAUAUAAAUACACCAGGAACGCCAUCUGACCAGCCACAAAGCAGAUCUGAGUUGUGUUUCAAGCUUGUAAGGAGCCAAGGAAUUGUUUAUGGAGCAUGUAGAGUAAGAAUGGUUUUGGAUUAACUGACAACACUGUACAAGAUAAUGGAAAACUUCCCAAAGAUGGAUGCUGGGUAAUGUAGUUGAGUAACUUCAGGCCCACUGUGGAGGGGAACCUGGGAGAAACCAAAAGACUGUAGGUAAUAAGCUGAGCGGGACUAGCUGGCACACACUGUGGAGGGCAUUUUAGAUUUAUUUCUGUAUUACUAUAUGUUAAUCAUGGAAAACAUUAGGGGACCUCUUUGUUUACUUAGAAGUACUUCUAUAUUGUCACUUUAUACUUAAAUGUUAAACCACAUAGAGAUAUGUGCAAUUUGGGAGGCAGUGAGAACAAGGGCGUUGAAGUACUUACAUGGAUCUGGAACACGUGUCCAUUUUAUUAUGUGUAUAUAUUAACAUAAUUUUUCAUUAUUGAAGUGUUGUAUCUUAUUGACACAGAUUCAUCCCUUCCCCAACACACUUUUGCUUGUUCAUACUCAUCAGAUAAUAUUGACCCUGGAUACUUGAGCAAAGGAGUAUGAGAUGAAUAGUGGUUGUUGAUGUGCUCAGCCUUACAGGUUCAGCAGAUCUAUGGGGUGCCUUUGAAAACACUUUCACAUUGCCCUAUCAGACUGCUUUUGGAGCUAAACUUGUCCACCCUUGAAGCACAUAGGGAUGCUGUAUGCUUCCCUUAACUGUUCUCUGAAGCAAUAUUUUUAAUUUAUUAAUUAGCCAUACUGACUAUACAUUCCCUUAAACUGGGUAUUGUAUCUUUUUAAAGGAGAAAAUCUGGACCUGAUUUCAAGAACUGGUGUAAAUUAGUACCUAAAACUUGUUUGAAAAAUAUCAGGUGCAUUUUAGAUGGACAUGCAUGGUUGAGGUUCAUGUGAUCUGUUUUUAAUUACUCUGUCGACUCGUCUCUAGGCACAGAGAAAACAGAACAGUAUUACAGUUUUUGUUCCGUGAUUUGUUUUUUUCUCAACCCCAAAGCAUGUGCCAUUGCAACACACAGAAGUGACUUGCUCACCUCUGAAUUACACAGCUUGACUUCUCUAGAGAAGAUUAUAGUUACUGCAAUGCAGAAUUCACGCCAGUUAGACUUCGUAUUUGUAACACACUGAAAGGGAUAUUGUUACGCAUACAUGUUUUUGAUGUGAGUACACAGGUUUGCCUUCAGUUUUUUGAGCUACAGACUAAAAGAAACACUGACAUACCAACGCCAGUUUAUUUUCUGAGAUACUGUUGUUAAAAUCAUACCAGAAUACAUUUACCCAUACUUCUGACAGGUUUGCAUGCAUUCUGUCCCACAAUAUCAAAGCUAAGAUUUCACAAGCAAGCACAGAAUCCAUACCUACUGUUAACUAUUGUAUUUUUAUUUUGCUCUUUUGAUCGCUCUUUCUGGGGUCUGUGUGGUUACUCAAGUCUGGUUUUGUGUGAACAUUGUAUAAUUUGUAUAUAUAUAAAGAUUAAUAAAAAUGAAGAUUUCUGGAUACAAAA